CACAAAAGUAUUUAAAUCAAAUAAACUGCAAAAUUGCAUUCAGUGUAACUGCAGCAAACGUUUAACAAACAACUCAAUAAUGGCGUCAUAUAAAAUCUACAAACUAUUUGUUGUUUUAUUCUUAGCACAAAACAUCCUCUGCAAACCUACUCAGGAUAACUCAGACGAGGACAAACUGCCCUUGCUUAACAUGGACACUUUGGUCAACACACUGAAAGAUUUUGCCGCCAAUGCCACAAAAGCCAAUGAACAAAUGUUUAAAGACGAAACUUUUCAAACAAAACUAAAAGCAAAUGACUCGGAGAAACCCCUCUUUUCGGAGAUAGAAAGUUUCGUCAAUAAACUUAGAGAAUAUUCCGCCAAGUUUGCCAAGGCCAGUGAAUCUCUGCUUAAAGACGAAACUUUAAAGGCCAACACUAAAGCGGAAUUGAUGGAAUUUAAAAAGGGUCUUCAGAUAUUCCUGGAUAAGUACGAUCCUUCAACAACAAAUAUUAAAGAAAUAUUUGAUGCCAUUGAAAUCUUUGCUAAUCUUACUUAUUACUACUAUCAAAUUCCCAAGAGUAAAUUAACACCGGAAUGCUUAUAUAUCAUGGAACUUUUAAACAAAUACAAUUGUAGAGAUAUGGUCAAGGAGAUGACUGACUAUAUGGAUGAUUUUUUUAAGAAGAUUAUUCAAAUGUUUGAAAAUAAUAAAACUGAGUACCAAAAACCGAUAGUUGAUUGGUUUGAGAAAUUCAUAACUGUAACCGAUAAGCAGCAGAAGUUUUAUGCACUUGCUGUCCUAGCUAAAUAUCAAGAAUAAAGUGGAAAUUAUAAAGAAUUUUAUAAAUUAAUUGUAAUGAAAAGUGUUUUAUUUAAAAUAAGAGAAAAAUAUUUUUUAAAACAAAUCAGAAA